AUGUUACGACGUCUUUUUGGUGGGGACGAAGCACCUGAUAAUCUUCGAAUUGUAAUCACACGUCAUGGUGAACGUGCUGAUUUGGCAUUGGGAGACAAUUGGUUAAGAAAAGUACGAAGACAUGGUGAUCAUGAUUCACAAAUAUCACGCUUACCACGUCGACCAAAUUUUCGUGAAUGGAAAUUUGAUCCACCAUUAACUAUUGCUGGAGAAAAACAAAGUGCAUCUCUUGGUCGAAAAUUACUUGAACUUGGUUAUCCAAUUGAUUAUUGCUAUUCUUCACCUGCAUAUCGAUCAAUACAAACGGCAAACAGAAUUCUUGAAAGUCAAGGACGAAAAGCUGUACCUAGUAACAUUGAACCUGGUCUAUUUGAAUGUCCAUCUUGGUAUAAUGAUGCACCAUUGGUAUUUAUACCUCCUGAAUAUUUAGCUAUGGAUAGAAGAUUUAAAAUAAAUACAGGUUAUGCACCAAUCUAUGAUAGUGUUGAUCCAAGUGAAAAUGAGAAACAAUUUUAUCAACGAUCUCGUCAUCUUAUUGAUGCAAUAGUUCAAACUCAUAGGUAUGAAGGUGGAACAGUUUUAUUAUCAGCACAUGGUGGUUCAAUUGAAGCAUUAACACGUGGUAUGCGUGGUGUAUUUAGUCGACGUGGAAACCCUGAAAAUCUUGAACAUGAAGCUGUGAGAGUUAAUUAUUGUAAUUUUGCUAUACUUGAACGUGACAAACGUACAGGAGCAUGGACGGCUCGUUUUCCAGAAUCAUACAAUUCUCCUUAUAGUGUAAUAGGAUUAGGAAGGCGAAAUGUCAUUCCACUUCAUAGUGUUACUACACACCAAAGAACUUCACAUAGAGCAGGACGAUCACCACAUAGAAGAACUUCACAUAGAGCAGGACGAUCACCACAUAGAAGAACUUCAUCAAGAAUAACACAUAAUCGAUAUAAUUCUCAUAAUCAACAUCCUUCUCAUAAUCGGCAUUCUUCUCAAUAUCGACUUUCUUCUCAUAAUCGACAUCGUUCUCAUUAUCGUUAA